CUUUUACUAUACUAUCAAAUCAACUUUAUUUCAUUUUAUUAAAUUUAAUUGAAAUAAAACAUAGAAUAUUUAUUUAAUAAUUACGUAACUAAUUAAAAUAUUAUUUCCAGUGCAAAGUAUCCAUAGAAACGAUCAAGUGUAUCCAGUAGAUAUUUUUUGUUUAAUAUUUUAUUAUUAUAGAUGAGUUCAUAACAACAUUUGAAUUCCAUUUAAAACCGUAUGGAGUAUGAUAACGAUGAGAAUACCUGGCGAAAGCCGUCGGUACCGAAGAUGGGUAAUUCCAGAUGUCAUCCGAUACCAAGGCGAUCUACAACAAUCGCUGUUAUAGUGUUAGGCUUAGCCGUCCUUAGUUGCCUUCUCGGUUAUUGCGUACUCAGUGAAACCCUACCAUACGAGUCCAAAACUUUGCGUCUCGUCGUCAUUCUCUUUCGCCAUGGUGCUCGAACACCAACACACACAUACAAAAGUGAUCCAUAUAAAAAUUACCAGUGGCCCAAUGGACUUGGGAGCCUUACUAAUACUGGCAAACUGCAAUUAUAUGAAUUGGGAAAAAAGUACCGGAAUUAUUAUGCAAACUUCAUACCUGAGGAAUAUUAUGAAAAAGAUGUGUACAUACGCAGUAGCGAUGCCUCACGAUGUCUGAUGAGUGCAUAUACAUUUCUAGCAGGCCUCUAUCCACCUACAGAACAACAGAUGUGGCACCCAGAGAUGUUGUGGCAACCUAUCCCCGUGCAUGCGUUACCAAGGAAUCUGGACAAUAUAGUGGCAGCAACAAAACAAUGUAAAGCCUGGUCGGCCAUGUAUAAUGAAGCACGAGCAGAGAUUGAUGCUUUGCCAAAGUUCAUUGAACUCUUUGACUAUCUCACGAAACAUACUAAUCAGAGCAUGCGGAGUGUUCUCGACGUGGAUUUCCUAUACAGCUCACUUUUAAUACAGCAAGAAACAGGUCUAAAGCUUCCAGAUUGGACUAAAAAUGCAUUUCCUAACAAAAUGCGUCAACCUUUUAUGUUAAGUUUGGCACUGCUCUCUUAUAAUGAGACAUUACAGAGGUUGCAAGUAGGUCCACUGCUUGGUGAAAUUAAGCAAUACCUUAAAGAGACGGUGAACCAUGAAAAUUUGGAUCGAUCUUUAUAUUUAUACUCUGGACAUGAUGUGAAUGUGGUCUCCUUGUGGCGCGCACUCGGUUUCCAAGAGCUGCUGGAACCUGAAUAUGGAGCCAGCAUAGCACUGGAACUGCAUGAAGAAGUAGAACAAGAUAACUUCUUUAUCAAGGUAUUUUAUCGUAACAAUACAAAAGUCGAAGUACCUAUGGAGUUAAAAUUAUCCUUCUGCAGUGAUCCCUGUCCAUACAUGCAAUUUGUGCAGCAUCUCGAAAAACUGGUACCAACUGAUUGGGAGACAGAAUGUCGUAACAAUGUUUGAAUAUAGAAAUAAAUUGUACACGCUGAACUGAAAACAGAACCCAACACCAUAAUGGCCUAAUACACUAUCAUAUAUAGUGGAAUGUACAAGCUGUAUUUUCACUUAAGGGUUGUUUAUAUUGUUAUAGUAAAUAAUUCGUAAAAUUAUUACUAAUCUUGAGUUUAAUUAUGUCACUGUUAUCCUGUACUAUAAUUGGAUUUUUAAUUCUAACAUUAUUUGCUGUAGUUACUGCAACAAAGAAUCUACAAAUCUCUAGUAACUGGUUUACGUUAAUAUUUCGAAUAUGAAAUGAAAAUCAAUGAAAAUUAUUUUCUUUACCUUUCUAUACGGUAUAUGAUAGUGUAGUACUCCAUAAACUAUAAAGUGUUAUUUUUAUUUCAAUUUUAAUGUUUGUUAUGCAUAUUUGUAUAGAAUGGACAGCAAGAAUACUUAUAGUAUUUGCAUAACUAUUAUACUUACUUAAAAAGUUGACAAUUAAUUUCAACUAUUUCUUUUAUUUUAAAGAAUAAUCUUAAUAAUUACUAUAUACAUCAUUGGAAUGUUGUAACAAUUAUAAACGGUAAUAAUUUUAUACUUAAUAUACUACACUAUUGGUUAACUACCAGUU